ACAGGAUGUCAUCAAGAGCCGAAAGUACCUGAAGGAAAACCCGAAUCUGGUGAUCACACGAGCGGAUAAGGGCAGCAAAACGGUCAUCAUGGAGACGGAAGAAUACCACGGGAAGAUGAAAACGCUUCUCGAUGACGAAAACACGUACAAGAAGUUACGGACAAAUCCUACGAACAAGAUCGUCAAGAAAAUCAACGGUAUCAUCGAUGAAUGGCGUAGAAAGGAAUAUAUCGACUUCCGAACCCAAAGAAGAUUGAAAGAAUCGAGCUGCAACCCACCUCGGAUCUACGGACUACCGAAAGUACAUAAGGAAAACAGACCACUCCGACCAGUUGUUUCCACGAUAGGAUCGGCAACCUACAACAUAGCCGGAUACCUGUCGGACAUAAUAGGAAAUGUAGUCGGAAAAACGGAUUUCCACGUCCGCAACAGUUUCGAUUUCGCGAACGAAAUAACAGGAGUGCAGACAGAGGAAGGAGAGGAGCUGUUUUCCCUGGACGUGGUAUCGCUGUACACAAAUGUACCAGUGGACUACGCUCUGAUGUGCCUAGAGGAACGAUGGACCGAGCUAGAAACCCACACAAACAUAGACAAGGAAAGCUUUAUGAAGACGGUAAAGGUAGUACUCGAGUCAACCUUCUUCGUAUACCAAGGUACGGUAUAUGGACAGACGUACGGAGUCCCGAUGGGAUCGCCACUAUCCCCAGUAAUCGCCAACGUUGUGAUGGAGAAACUGGAACAGGAGUGCAUAAAGAACCUGGAGGCGAAACAAAUACGAAUGAGAGUGUACAAACGGUAUGUAGAUGAUUGCAUGUGUGUCGCGAGAAGGGAACACAUUCAAACGAUCGUAGACACGUUCAACAAUUUCCACGAUCGUCUACAGUUUACAGUAGAACAUGAAGUGGGCGGGAAAAUGAAAUUCUUGGACAUGAUGCUAGAACGUGCCGAGAACAAAAUUACUACGUCGUGGCUUCCCAAACAACCCGACGGUAGGUAUCUGGAUUUCAAAUCCAAAAGCCCAUUUCAACACAAACAAAAUACGGCGAUCGCGCUCAUUGACCGCGCGAUCAAACUAUCCUGUGGAGAUAAACGUGCGGAAGCACUAAACCACGCGACACGAAUCUUGCGGAAAAACCACUACCCCACAUGGUUCGUAAAUCGCGUACGAAAGAAACGUGUACACAAACACUACAACUGUUUGGAAGAAGCAGGUACGGCAGACCAGCCCCAAAAGUUUGUGUCAGCUCCCUACAUACCAAGUUUGAGUGAAAAACUUAGGAAAACCCUACAGCGGAACAACAUAAUCCUAGCCUCCCGACCACGGAACAAAAUUAAACACAUGGUGUUUAGCCAAAUGAAGGACCCGAUACCACCAGGGAAGCAGACGAAGGUAGUGUACUCGAUACCAUGUGGAACCGACGAUGGAAAAGUGUACAUAGGACAGACGAAACGCAUGCUGGAGGUACGGAUGGCGGAACACCGCAACGACUGCAGGAACCGAAAUCCAAAAUCGGGUUUGGCGGUACACACCAUCGAAGAGGGCCACGUGUUCAACUUCGAGAAAACGACAGUACUGGAGCGCAUCGAACACCCGGAGGCGUCUGAGGAAGGCUGAAGAAUAGUAGGCCGAAACGCGUAACGUAUAAAACGCUGUUUUAAUAUUACCUGUCACCGAGAAAAGCCAAUGCAACCCAAUUAUUAUAUAUUGCACGGUGAUUACUCAAGUUUAUUAAAAGUCAAUUGGCCAAGAAAGAUGUUGCUAAUCAACGAAAUUGAGCGAAAGUAUGGAGGAGACAGCAGGCGCUCAAUCUGGCGCUUUCUGAAGGUGUCGAUCAGCCUAGCCAAGUCGAACAACAGGAUGAAGUUUCUGCUUAACUGCAGAAGGUGCAAAAUUGUCCCGCCAUGUCUGAGAACCAAGAACAAUCUCAAAAUGGACAAUGAAGCAUCUUGCCGAGAACUGGAGAAAGUGAUGUUCAAACACCGAAUCCGUCUUCUGAGUUUAAUGAUAGCUGAUACCAAACGUACAAUGGCAAGUACAAGAAAGAUAAAACAAGCGAUGAGCCGGAAGAUGGACGAAAGGUUCGACGAAAGGGAUACACGAAGAAUACGUAAGAUGGUGGAAGACAAGACAGCA